AUGUCUGACCAGGAGGCAAAACCUUCAACUGAGGAUUUGGGGGAUAAGAUAAAAAAUGAAGAUAUUAAACUCAGGGUUAUUGGACAGGAUAGCAGUGAGAUUCACUUCAAAGUGAAAAUGACAACACCUCUCAAGAAACUCAAGGAAUCGUACUGUCAGAGACAGGGCGUUCCAGUGAAUUCCCUCAGGUUUCUCUUUGAAGGUCAGAGAAUUGCUGAUAAUCAUACUCCAGAAGAACUUGGAAUGGAGGAAGAAGAUGUGAUUGAAGUUUAUCAGGAACAAACCGGGGGUCAUUCAACAGUUUAG